GUUUAUAUAUGUUUUUGAGGUUACACAUCUUUUCCGUGAUGAGUCUUUAAUUGAUUUAUAAACUCUGCUGCUGCUGCGUUUGAAAUGCCGCCCAAGCAACGUAAGAUUGCGGUGAUGGGUUAUCGGUCCGUGGGAAAAUCUUCGCUUAGCAUACAGUUCGUUGAGGGGCAAUUCGUCGAUUCGUAUGAUCCGACGAUCGAGAACACCUUCACGAAGUCGACGAGGGUGAACUCGCAGGAUUACGAACUGAAGCUGGUCGACACGGCCGGCCAGGAUGAAUACUCUAUAUUCCCAUCGCAGUACAGCAUCGACGUGCACGGUUACGUGCUCGUCUACAGCAUCACCAGCUCAAAGUCAUUCGAAGUGGUCCAAGUGAUUUACGAGAAGCUGUUGGAUAUCACAGGGAAGGGACACGUCCCCAUAAUCCUGGUAGGGAACAAGACUGAUUUGCACAUGGAACGGACCAUUUCGAUGGAGGAGGGCAAGAAGUUGGCGGAAUCGUGGAACGCCGCCUUUCUGGAGACGUCCGCCAAGCAGAACGCCGCCGUCUCGGAUAUUUUUCAUCUGCUGAUUAAGGAGAUCGAGAAGGCCGAUGGGAACAUACCCGAGAAAUCGAGCUGCAUUUUAUCUUGAAACUUGUUUAUCUCUAAUAUUAAGCGUGUGCGUGUAUGUGAUCCCCCUAAGCUUUAAAAAUAUUAUCUUUACUAUUAUAAUUACUACUACUA